AUGGGAAAAGCUGCAGCGAACGUUCUCAAAUUCGGAGGAGUGAUGACCGAAGAUACGUCGUUGGAAACACCGAUAAAUUCAGAACUUCUGUGCAAAGCGGAAGUGAAGCUGUGGAAGAUGGUUCAGCUGGAGACGUUUCCUGAGGAGUUAGCUGUGUUGCAGAGUCGACAUUCUACAAAGCCUUCGGGGGCGGUGCCGGUAUCGAGUCCGUUGUAUAAAUUGUCAGCUUUCAUCGAUGAAGAGGGAUUGGUGCGAAUGGAUGGUCGUAUCGGCGCCGCCCCCAACCUGCCGAUCGAAGCUAAGUAUCCCGUUAUACUAGCUCCGAACCAUCCAGUAACCUUUCUCUUCGUAGAUUUCUACCACCGUCGAUGUCACCACCGUAACCAGGAGACGGUAGUCAAUGAGCUUCGUCAACUGGUCUACAUUCCAGGUCUACGAAACCUGGUCCGCAAAGUCGCCGCUAGAUGUCAGAUGUGCAAGGUUUACAACGCAUCGCUGGGUUCGCCGAAGAUGGGCCCACUACCGCGGGCCAGGCUGGAAGCAUUUCUUCGUCCGUUCACCUACACCGGGCUAGACUACUUCGGGCCAGUGACAGUCAAAGUUGGUCGCAAACACGCUAAGAGAUGGGUUGCCUUGUUCACGUGCCUGACAACUCGAGCGAUACAUUUGGAGGUGGCACAUAGCUUGUCUUCGAUGUCCUGCAAGAUGUGCAUCCGUAGAUUCAUUGCUAGAAGAGGUGCCCCAUCAGAGAUAUACUCUGAUAACGGCACCAACUUCCGCGGUGCCGCGAAUGAGCUACAAGAUCAAAUCCAGCAGUGCGCCGAAACCUUCACCAAUACCACGACCAAAUGGUAUUUUAAUCCUCCAGCCGCACCCCACAUGGGUGGGGUGUGGGAACGACUUGUGCGAUCGGUCAAGGUCGCUAUAGAAACAAUGGCCUCCGCACCAAGAGUACCCGACGAUGAAACCUUCGAGACAAUCAUCCUAGAGGCCGAGAGUAUGAUCAACUCAAGACCUUUGACAUACAUCUCGCUGGACAACGCCGGCCAAGAAGCGCUGACACCCAAUCAUUUUCUUUUGGGUAGGUCAAAUGGAGUUAAGCAACUGCCUAAGGAACCUACGAAGGCCACCGAUUGUCUACGCAGCAGCUGGAACCUGGCACAACACAUUCUGGAUGGAUUUUGGAAAAGAUGGUUGCGCGAAUACCUUCCAACGAUUGCCAGGCAAACCAAAUGGUUCCGAGACACUAAACCAAUUGAAGUGGGUGACUUGGUUUUCGUUGCCAACGAGAACAAGAGAAAUACCUGGAUUCGAGGUCAGAUCGUCGAGGUUAUUCGUGGAAAAGAUGGUGUUACCAGACAGGCCCUGAUACGUACGGAAGCAGGAGUCAUCCGACGUCCGGCAGUGAAGCUCGCCGUCAUCGAGGUAGCUGAAGAUGGUAAGGUCGAGGCUAGUGGACAGGACCAAACUCAACCUUACGGGCCGGGGAAUGUUGGUACUGCUUCGAGCCAUCCGCAGUCCCCUUGA